AUCAGCAAUGGACUAGCUUUUUUUUCCUGGAAGCAAAAUACAAAAUAUAUUGCCUUGGGAAAUAACUGUAAACGGGAACAAAGGUCGGCUUUUAGUGAUAGAUAUUAUAACAUGUUUUAUUAAUUUCUGAAAAAGGAGUUACUGGCUACCAUAAAUAUCAUGUCGGAAAGAGGCUGUUUUGUCGAAUUUUUAAAUGCUUGCAGUGCUGAAGUUGUUGAUGAAUGUAUAACAACAAAAAAAGAAGAAAAUAUCAUAAGUUGGAUUUGUGCUUUCAUUUUUACAGUUUGUAUACAAACGGAUUUUUUUUAAAAAUGCAGAUAACUGUUGUCUUAUUAGUAGUUUCAACGUUGAUGGAUGUAGCAAAGUGUUCGACAUUAAAUGAUUCCAAGCAACUUGUUUCUGACUUGUUGGAAACUUAUGACAGGCGACAGCGGCCAGUUCUUAACCAGUCUCAACCGGUAGUAGUAUUGUGUGAAUAUAUCUUAAAAGGUAUACAAGGUUUCAGCGAAGUAGAUGGGAUGCUGAAAGUCCGGGGCACACUCUACAUGGAAUGGAUAGACCAGAGUCUGAUAUGGGACGUCAAAACAUACGGCAACAUACGUUCGUUCUCUUUUCCUGUAAGUGAUGUAUGGUAUCCGAAAAUUGUAUUACUCAAUUCUUUCGACGAGCCUAAUCCUGUAGGAAAAGACUGGAUGAACAUAAGGGUCAGUCACGACGGCAAAGCAAAACUUUUCGGCAUGGAGGUAUUUAAAAUUAGUUGUGACGCUGACGUCACCUUUUUCCCGUUUGACACUCAGACCUGCAGCAUGUUUUUCAUAGCGUUUGGCAAUACCUUUAACGAGGUUAAGCUAUUUAGUGAUACAUCUGCAUCAGACGAUCCUCUUAUCAAACAGACGCUUAAAAAUAAAGAAUGGAGUCUUCAGAAUUUUACCACAAGGCGAGUGCACCAACCAAUGCAGCGAGACUUGAUUGUAACAACAUUUGUUAUGAAAAGAUUGCCUGCAUUCUUGAUUUUGAACAUUUUUCUCCCAGUUUUAUGUCUGGCGCUAAUAAACGUACUUGUAUUUCUGCUUCCGCCAGAAUCUGGAGAGAGGAUCUCAUUUGCAGUGACCGUUUUGCUGUCGAUGGCUGUUUACAUGACCAUCAUAGAAAACAAUCUGCCUAAGAUAUCCAAACCCAUGCCAUGGAUAUGUUACUAUCUAGCGGCCGUGCUCAUACAAAGCGGACUAAUAUGCAUCACAGCGAUUUUCAACCUCUAUUUGUAUCAUAAAGAAAAUAACAAAACUAUUCCACUCUGUUUUCAAACUACAGCUAAUGGAUGUAUCAGCGCUGGUAAAUCCCAGAAACCUUUGGAGGAAACUAGUGAUGAUAUGAUGCUAAAGACAGAUGAAGAACACGUUAAUGAAAAUAGCUCAAAUGUCACGUGGCAGGAUAUUAGCUUUGCUGUAGACAAAAUAAGUUUUAUAUAUUUUCUUUUAGCCAUUAUAACAUGCAAUAUUUUGUACUUCACCAUUACCCUGAGUAAGGCUGAAAAACAAGGUAACACCGUAAUUAAUGAGCUUUUCGGAUGAACAAGUCUUGGAAAGCUAUUUAGUGUGUCACUGUCUAUUUGCAUUAUAUUUUCCAUUAUAUUUCUUUAUAACAAUAACCUUAACAUAACUAAAUUAUACCCAUAUUGAAAUAAUCAUGCUGAAGUUGGGAGUCUAGUGGCAUGGCGGCCUACAGACCUGAAGUUGGCUUCUAGUGGCAGUACGUACGACCUGAGUUGUUGGUCAAGCGGUCGGAUGUUGGCAGCGUAGCGGCACGACAGACUUGUAUAUUUACUGAUUUAAAAUACACAACAAAUGUAUACGAUAAAUAUAUAGAAACUGUGAAUACAAAUAUUAAAACUUAAUAAAGCACAAAAAAAGAUUGCUGCUUAUCUCUUGAAAAGUUGCAACGCAGCCUGUUAGUGUAGAUUUAAUACAAAGAUAUAAAACAGUCAUGUUUGUGAUUCAUUUAUGAAGAAGAAGAAAGAAUGUUUAUUCGUAUUAAAUCCUUCAAAGGGCCAUUGAGAAAGCAUCAGCAUAACAUAAUGAUGAAAAACAUUACAACGUUCGUUUUAUGCUUUAUUGACUUUUAACGUUUGCACACAGUUUCCAGUUUCCUUUCAAUUGACUUCUUAAAGAAUCAGAAUCUCUUUGUUUAUAUCAGCUGAAUUAUAAUUAUGCCAUUAUAAUAUUAUACAUGUAUAUAUUAUGUCACAAAUUGAUUGCCUACAUGGAAAUUGUAUAAAUGGAUACUUAAAGGCAAUACUGACCUAUUAUAAGAAGUAUUUGUCUAAGAAUGUAUGUGAUAAUGUGAUAUUAAUU